UGCGGCAAGACUGCUGCGGAAGACUGAGAGACUGUUGCUGCACUCUCAACACUACAGAUAAGCGCCUUCUGAAGCCAUGGAGAUGAAGGCAAGGGGCUUGAGGCUCCCCUUGCUGCUAUUGCUGGUGACUGUGGUUGUGAUGGCUAAGGUGAAUCACAUCCAGAGAUGGGGGGGUUUCAAGGAGAAGGCCACAAGCAAGAAAAACAUCAACUCGACACUCCAUUUCUUCAUCCAGUCUUACAACAACGCAAGCAACGACACCUACUUGUUUAAAGUUCAGAAGCUAAUCCAAAGUCAGAUGCAGUUGACCACAGGCGUGGAGUAUUUGGUUACUGUGAAGAUUGGCAGGACCAAAUGUAAGAAAAAUGAGACGAAGAAAGCCACCUGUCCCCUGCAAAGCAACACGCUGAAAAAGAGCCUGAUUUGCUCAUCAUUGAUAUACUCUGUACCCUGGAUGGACUGCUACCACCUCUGGAACAAUUCCUGCCAGGAGAUCUGAGUGUAACGAGCUCUGCUGACACCUAAAUAACUGUGUGUGUACUGGUUUUUGUAAAGUUGUAAGAG